CUCAGGUUUGUUUCAGCCAGGAAAAUGUUUGUGGUUGGCUUUGUGGUUUAGCUUUUCUUGGAUUCUGCUGUGGGAAGUUAUGCUCCAUGGAAAUGAAGACAUUAUGGAAGCUCCAUCAGUUCAUUUGGCAAGAUUCUGUUGCCAGCACAAAUUGGGCUCUUCUGUCAGACUGAAGAAACCUGGUUCUUGUGUUACAUAUGCAAUGUGGCUGAAGAUACAUCUACUUAUUGUCCUCCUGUCAGGUCAAGCUUUUGGUCAACUAACCUCCGCCGCUCCGGCCAGCAUUGCCACAUCAACAACAGCUGCACAAACCUCAGCAGGUGAAACAUCUGUUGUUCCAAGCUCCCAAGUUGCUUCCUCUACUUUUCACACUUCUACAAUUACAGCAGUUUCUGAUAGUCAGUCUUCUGCUGCUUCAUCCGUUAUUCCAACCUCUGCAACCACCACACAGACCUCAGUAGUGUUUUAUUUCCUUGACGUCAACGUGGAUGUCACCGGACCAAGUAAGAAUGAAUCCGACAUCAUUGCCUGGCUUGACCAGGUUUUCCGAAAUGAACUGGGGCACUGCAUGUUUCCAGGAGCAACAACUACUGCCCCCACAUCUCAGCAAACUGUAAAUGUGACAGAACAAGUGGCAACAACACAGACUUAUAAAUCAACAACAGCAUUUUAUACUUUACUGCAAAACUUUAGUGCAACUACAAAUGUACCAACAGUGUUACACGGCAACAUAACAACUGAGGCUGCAACAAUGCUAAAUGGCAACGACACAACAACAAUGGAAGCAAUGAUAAAUAGUAAUAUCACAACUACAGCUGCAAUAACAACACCAGUAACUGAAAACGUCACAACACCAGCUUCGAUAACAAUGUUACAUGACAACACAACAACCACAGUUGCAGCAACUUCAACAUUGAAUGACAACAAAACAACAGCGACAUCAAUGGCAUCAAUCAGCAACAGAACAGUUACAGCUGCAGGAACUACAGCAUUUGAUAGGGACAUAACAUUAACAGCUGUAUCAACUACUGCAACAAAUAGCAACAUAACAUUAACAUCUGCAUCAACUACUGCAACACAAAGCAACAUAACAUUAACAGCUGUAUCAACUACUGCAACAAAUAGCAACAUGACAAUUACAUCUUCAUCAACUACUGCAACACAAAGCAACAUAACAUUAACAUCUGCAUCAACUACUGCAACACAAAGCAACAUAACAUUAACAUCUGCAUCAACUACUGCAACACAAAGCAACAUAACAUCAACAGCUGUAUCAACUACUGCAACAAAUAGCAACAUGACAAUUACAGCUUCAUCAACUACUGCAACACAAAGCAACACUACAACUACUACUGCAACAACUACAAACCUAAAAAGCAAUGAUCCAACAACUUCAAGAACUACAGCACAAACAAGUAACAAUCAGACAACUCCAACAACUACAGCACUAAGAAGCAACGGUUCGACAACUCCGACAACUACAGCACUAACAAGUAACGAUCCGACAACUCCAACUACAGCACUAAGAAGCAACGGUUCGACAACUCCGACAACUACAGCACUAACAAGUAACGAUCCGACAACUCCAACUACAGCACUAAGAAGCAACGGUUCGACAACUCCGACAACUACAGCACUAACAAGUAACGAUCCGACAACUCCAACUACAGCACUAAGAAGCAACGGUUCGACAACUCCGACAACUACAGCACUAACAAGUAACGACCCGACAACUCCAACAACUACAGCACUAACAAGUAACGGUUCGACAACUCCAACAACUACAGUACUAACAAGUAACGACCCGACAACUCCAACAACUACAGCACUAACAAAUAACGAUCCAACAACUCCAACAACUACAGCACUAACAAAUAACGAUCCAACAACUCCAACAACUACAGCACUAACAAGUAACGAUCCGACAACUCCAACAACUACAGCACUAACAAGUAACGAUCCGACAACUCCAACAACUACAGCACUAAGAAGCAACGGUUCGACAACUCCAACAACUACAGCACUAACAAGUAACGAUCCGACAACUCCAACAACUACAGCACUAACAAGUAACGAUCCGACAACUCCAACAACUACAGCACUAACAAGUAACGAUCCGACAACUCCAACAACUACAGCACUAACAAGUAACGAUCCGACAACUCCAACAACUACAGCACUAAGAAGCAACACUCCAAUCACAGUUACAACAAUUACAGCGUCACAAAGCAACAGUCCAGCCACAACUACACCAAGUCCCAUCUUGCCAUCUUUGAUCACCAGCCUGUCAACUUUAUUGCCAGACAUGACUGUGUUAUCGCGGUCAUCUAAUCAAGGAGUGAAUCCUCAAGCCUCGCCUUCAGGACUCUCCAGAAGGAAGCGUGCCGUCCCCCAGAACAGCGACAGUUUGACGCGAAGCAGCAAUGACACGGCUUUGGUUUUUCAAGGAAUGGAAGUGUCCUGCUCUAUAAAAACUGAAAUAAAUCAUACCAAGUGCACCGUCAUCCUUGGGCUCAGUCAAACAAUACCAUCAUGCUGUAUCCUCCAAACGCUCUGUGCAGCCAGCAAAAGGUCCUCUGACAUCCAUGUGGUGGGAAACAGGAUAGAUGAACAGAAUCGGCUUCAAAACGAGUGCAAUUUAAAGGAGCCAAACAGCUGCAUUUAUUCUGGUCUGCCGGGUGCGUCAUGUGUGGAGUCUGGGCCUCCAUAUGUCAUUCCAUCAAUAAACUUAACAGACUGUGUGACAGAGAACAAUUGUAGCUGCUCUUCCUACUGCAACAGAUCUGAUGCGUACUACACUUUUUCCAUUUCACUACAAGAUCAAACAAUGAACUCUUCGUCUCUUUCGUCUCUGAUUUCAAUCCUGGCACAACCACCUGUCUGCUCCAACACUACAAAUGUUACAUGUCAAUUAUUGGCCACGAUUGCAUCUGAAUACAGGAAUGCCAGUGUGAACUGUGAAAUGACAAGGCAGAGGUGCAGAGUGAUAUUAGGUUUUGCACGGGAAGUCUCAAUUUGUUCAGUGGCAGAAGCUGUUUUAAAUGUGUUUCUACUUGAAGAAAAAAUUCAGUAUGACGGGCAAGUGAGACGAGCAGCAAUUUGUGGAAGCGCAGAAAUUAAUGCCAACUCACUCAACUUCCAGUUCAAUUAUACUUAUAGAGAGAUAAGCCCAGGUGACCUUUGUGUCAAAAAAGAAGGAUCUAACUUCACAUGCCAAACUGGAGAAAAUAUUGUUGUACCUUUGAAAGAACAAUGCGUUGUACCUACCACAGCUAGCCCAAAUGUGACAAUUAGUCCCAACGUGACUAUCCUAAAUACAACAGCAAGCCCAAAUGUUACUAUCCUAAAUACAACAGCAAGCCCAAAUGUUACUAUCCUAAAUACAACAGCAAGCCCAAAUGUUACUAGCCUAAAUACAACAGCAAGCCCAAAUGUUACUAUCCUAAAUACAACAGCAAGCCCAAAUGUUACUAUCCUAAAUACAACAGCUAGCCCAAAUGUUACUAGCCUAAAUACAACAGCUAGCCCAAAUGUUACUAGCCUAAAUACAACAGCUAGCCCAAAUGUUACUAGCCUAAAUACAACAGCUAGCCCAAAUGUUACUAGCCUAAAUACAACAGCUAGCCCAAAUGUUACUAGCCUAAAUACAACAGCUAGCCCAAAUGUUACUAGCCUAAAUGCCACAAUUCCCAUAAACUCUACAAUUGGCCCAAAUGUGACAACAACCCCCAAACCACAACAGAACACAACAUGGGCCCCAUCAGUGUCCACAACUGCUGCUGGAGGAAAUCCAUCAUCAAACACAACUAGGAGCACAACAAGUGGAUUUGUUUCUGUGACCACCUCAGUGAGUUCAACAGGAAAUGGAACAGCUGAAAGCCAAGCCAAAGACCUUCUUGCACUGGCUCAAGACGUGUCAAAACUGACCACAGCGCAGAUAGAUCAGCUGGUGUCACAGCUAGAGAAGCUUCUGUCAGGCCCGACGGUCAGCAAGGAACUGGGAGACAUCUCCGUCAACAUUGUCAGCAAUCUGUUGGAUGCUUCACCUGACAAGCUGUCGAGCUCCUCUAACAGGAUUAUUAGGAUUGUUGACACUGUGGGGUUAAAGUUGGUGAUUGGAGCCACCGCUCAGAGCCUGCUGUACCCUUCUUUGGCUGUCUCUGUGAAACCAGCAGAUGGCGCCAACUUUCAGGAGACAGUUUUUUCCACCUUAGCUCCAAAUAACGUACAGAUUCGGGGGAAUCCAAGGUUGAAAAGGAGCACAUUAAAGGACUCCUCCAUCCCUCAGGGCUCCAUUACUCUUCCUCCCUCCCUCACUCAAAAUCUAACCGCUGAGGAACAAAAGCUGGCCUCCAGGCUUCAGUUCAAUUUCUACCAGAAGAGCUCAGUCUUUAAGGAUGUCUCAUUACAACAAGGCAAACUUAACAGUGGGAUCUUGGGAGCAAGCGUGGCCAAUCUGUCAAUCAAAGGAUUAAAUGAAAGUGUUGUAAUUCGUCUGAGAAACACAGAACCUGUUCCAGCUAAUUUUGUGGCAGUGUGUGUUUUCUGGGACUUUACAUUUAACAAAGGUUUAGGUGGCUGGAACUCAGAUGGCUGCUUUGUCAAAGAAACCAACGACAAUGAGACAGUUUGUGGCUGCAACCAUUUAACCAGCUUUGCUAUUUUACUGGACAUCUCCAGAGAGACUGUUACCAGUCGUGUUCAGGCCACCAUCCUCACCUUCAUCACAUAUAUAGGUUGUGGACUUUCUGCCAUCUUCCUGUCCGUAACUCUCCUCACUUACUUGGCAUUUGGAAAGCUGCGUAAAGACAUCCCAUCCAAAAUUCUGAUCCAGCUUUGCCUGGCUCUUCUGCUGCUCAACCUGACCUUCCUGGUGGACGCCUGGCUGGCGCUUUAUCCCCAAGCCGUGGGCCUCUGCAUUUCCACGGCCUGGUUCCUUCACUACUUCCUACUGGUGUCCUUCACCUGGAUGGGACUCGAGGGCAUCCACAUGUACUACGCACUUGUGAAAGUCUUCAAUGACAACAUAUCCCACUACAUGCUGAAGUUCUCGCUGGUGGGCUGGGGAGUCCCAAUGAUGGUGGUCAUCAUUGUGAUCGCGAUUGACAAAAACAACUACGGCCUCAUGUCCUAUGGAAAGUUUUCAGAUGGCACGAGUGAUGACUUCUGCUGGAUAAAAAACGACAUCGCCUUCUAUGUGGCAGUCGUGGCCUAUUUCGGUGUAAUAUUCAUCUUCAACAUCAUCAUGUUUGUUGUGGUCUUAGUCCAGUUGCACCGGAUAAAAAAACAGAAUCCUCAUAACAACAAGCACCGCAGCACGGCGCAGGACGUACGCAGCAUGAUCGGGAUCACCCUGCUCCUAGGUCUCACAUGGGGAUUUGCCUUUUUUGCGUGGGGUCCUGUUAAUCUGGCAUUUAUGUACCUCUUUGCCAUCUUUAAUUCUCUGCAAGGAUUCUUCAUAUUUGUGUUCCACUGUGCGGUGAAAGAAACCGUCAGAAGGCAGUGGAGGACCUACCUAUGCUGCGGCAGUAUGAGACUCUCAGAAAACUCAGAGUGGAGUCGCACUACAACACAGAAAACCGCAAAGAAGUCUCCAUUGACCUCCUUUACGUCCUCACAAAGCAGUCGACCAUCCAGAUCCACUUUUGUGCCCACUACGCCAUCAGGGCAGAUGAACGGCAUUGGAAAUCCACUUGAAGAUAGAAUAAUUACAGCUGACGAAGAACCGAGGACAGAUGUGGUUCUCAACGAGAUCAAUGGACAGCUCCGGAGUCGACGGGGGUCCUGACCUACAGAGAGGAGCUUGUUAACUGCCUGUAUAGAAUGUAAUUUACCAGAAAAUAUUUAUUGUUUAUCUCCGUCACAUGUAUUAGUUGACUGAUUUCUAAGAAAUUUUAAGUCUAAAGUUUUGUUUUUUUAACUCUAAAGCUAUUGUACUUAUUUUUUUACAUAUUCUUUAUUUAAUAUACAAACCUAUUUAUUUACUUUCAGAUAACAUUUUAAUGUGUAUCUUAGAUUUAAGGAUCUGUUUGAAAGCUGUUGCUUUCGAACAGCAAAUUAAAUUUUAUAACAGUA